CCUGACGCACCAAUCGCUACGAGUAGCCGCGCUCGCCGCGGCCAAUCACAACGUAGCCGAACAAGACGCUCCCGGUAUACACACACGUGGUCGGUUUACGUGCGCCGUAUUGCUCCUCUACGAGCAAUCGCAGUCGAUCGCAGUGGAGGACGGUGAUCAUCGAGAUUCGCGUCAGCAUCUAGGAACGCGUUGCAGGAUCAAAGACGUCCAGCAGGUCCAGCUGCUCCUGGCAACCGUACUCAACUACGCGGUGAAGAUCCAUUUUUAACGACAUCAAGUCGACAUUUCCUCGUUCUCGUGUACUCGACAUGGCAGAUAUGCCAGCGAACGUAGGUAUCACGCGGAAAAUGUCUUUCGGCAUCAACGGCAAGCUCAACGGCGUCGAGAGCAAGACACCCUUCUUGAUAGGUGUCUCCGGCGGUACUGCAAGCGGAAAGUCUACAGUAUGCAAGCGUAUAAUGGAAAAACUAGGGCAAGUCGAUAUGGAUCAUCAACAGCGUCGGGUAGUCUGUAUAUCACAAGACAGCUUCUAUCGUGACUUAACACCUACUGAGAAAGUGAAAGCUGAGAAGGGACAGUAUAAUUUUGAUCAUCCCGAUGCCUUUGACGAUGAUCUAAUCUUGCAAACGCUGCAAGAUAUACUUGCUGGUGUCAAAUGUGAGAUACCUGCUUAUGAUUACAGGACAAACAGUUUAAUGAAAGAUCAAGUUACCACAAUAUAUCCUGCGGAUGUGGUACUGUUUGAAGGAAUACUGGUAUUUUAUUUUCCCAAAAUUCGAGAUUUGUUUCACAUGAAAUUGUUUGUGGAUACUGAUUCUGAUACCAGACUUGCAAGGAGAGUGCCAAGAGAUAUAAAGGAACGUGGAAGAGAUUUGGAUUAUGUCCUAAAUCAAUAUAUGAACUUUGUAAAACCAGCUUUUGAAGAGUUUUGUUUACCAACAAAAAAGUUUGCAGAUGUUAUAAUACCAAGGGGAGCAGACAACACAGUGGCGAUAGAUCUGAUAGUGCAGCACAUAAGAGACUUCUUAAGCAACCGAGGUAGACAAAUGGCGGGACCUGAAAGUCCAAUAAGCAGGGUAGAGGGAUUAUUCAAGAGGCCGCAUUAAUUUUUGAGACUUUAACAUGCUUUAGUUAGUGAUCCGCCAAGUCGUGUUUUAUUUCAAUACUCGGAUAUAUUUUUUAUAUAAUUUUAAUUCUAUAAAGCAAAAGAAAAAUCAUCUUUUUAGAUCAAUGUUUUAGAAGGCAUCAUUAAUAAUAUUUUUAGCGUUAGCCUUUUGCAAUAAUAUUUGAGUGAAAAUUAUAGAAUAUUAUAAAACUAAAAACUCUCUUAUACUUAGAUAUUUAUAUAGAAUAUACAGGAAGUGACCAAGAUAUGUAGCAAAACUACAAAAGCAAGGUACAUGCUGUAGGAUAAAGAUGUUCCUAACAAGAUCAUCUUUUUUAUGUAGCAUUAUCACUUUGCUAUACCUUCAGGUUACAUCCUGCAUAUGUGAGUUGUAAAAGGC